AUGUCCGUUUGGUGUGACUUGAGAGGAGAAGCGUCAGGAGAGCCCUUGCUUGGGGGUUGCGGUGUACGUUCAGCUGCAGGAGUGAGCAACAGCAGCUCGGGAAUACGGACAGCUAGUAGCAGCGUUUCUAUAUUGCACGAGGCUGAGGGGGGUGCAGGUGUUAAGGGGCCUGUUAGGCGCUGCCGCCCUUCUGCAUUAGAGUUAUUUUUACAUUGUGCUCCUCUCCGUUGUGUUGAGGCAGUUGCGCGCUGUCUUGACGUCUGUUCUUUUUUAAAUCUUCUUUCUCUUAAUUCUUCUCUCCUGCGUCUUUGCCAUAAUCCAUCCCUCUUACCAUGCUGGACGCACUUUGCUCUUCACCAGCGGAUCUUAAGGCACGGGGAGAAUGUGCUGCUGCCGCGUCUAUCGCCUACCUGUUCCCCACGGCUCUGCAGCAGCAGCAGCAACAGCAGCAGCAGCAACAGCAGCAGCAGCAACAGCACCAGCAACAACAGCAGCAGUAGCAGUAGCAGUAGUAAUGGGGGUCGAAAGGGGGUUCCUCUUCAUGAGGAAGCAGGACAGGUGAGCUCCUGGCAGACCUUUAAUAGGAGGCUGCCUCAAGUAGGCCGCCCUGAUCUGCUGCGUAUCGGUAGUCUUAAUGCCAACUGGCGUAGUAGACGAUUUGUAUCAGAGCAGCGGCAUGUUAUCCCUUUAGCAGAGGCAAUAGAUAAGGCUUUUGUGCUCCCUGCCCCCCCUCUUGGCUCCUCCUGCAGCAGUUAUACUGUUGCCCCUGAUGCUCCUCUUUCCCUACAACCUUGGCCCUCACUAGGGAUACCAGCUAGCUUACAGGCAUGGGGGUCUCAGCAGCAAUUCGCUGAUGCUGCAGCAGCAGGAUCCUACCCCCUCUUUCUUGUUCUACCCAGUGGCCGCGUAUUCGUUGUGCAUGCGACAAGACCAGCAGCAACAAUGGCAGCAGCAGCAGCGGCAGCACGGGGGCUUCCUAAACUGUGCUGUAUGGAAGCUAAACUUCCUGUACUGCCACUGACAAUACCAAGAAAUGCAGACCCCCUCAUUCAGUUUGGUGCAUUUGCCCCCAAAGAAUGGCUGCUAGGAGAGGAUGACCAUAGCCCCCAGCAGCAGCAGCAGCAGCGGCGGCGACAGCAGCAGCAGCAGAUGCAUGCAGGUUGCACUGCAGGCACAGACACAACUUUCGGAUUUGGUGAUCUCUCAUUGGGGCCCCGCCCUUCGCAGUCGCAGCGGAGGCGGCAGCAGCGGCAGCAGAGGCAGCAGCAACAGCACCGCCUGCACAUGAGUUGGGCCCAUGUGUCUCCGCAUCCUCUGUACCCAUGCCUUGGGGAAGAGGGCCCCCAAAGAGGGGCCUCAGCAGACGGAUGCUUGGACAUCUUUCCUGCGGCCUCCACAGCAUCAGCAGCAACAGCGAGCAGCAGCAAACAACAACAACCCUCCUCUUCUUACUGCAGCAGCAGCCAGGCCCCACAAGGCUCGAUCACAGGCAUGGGGCACUGUCCUCAAGUCCGGCUGCUGUCCCUUUGUCUGCCCUCCAUUGAAAUCGCGACGCCCCCCAUCUCUUGCUCUGCCUCUGACCAGCCAGCUCCAGCCUCCCCUGCAGCACCCACACUCACACCCACAACCCCAGAAGCAGCAGCAGCAGCAGCUUCCGCUGGCUCAGAAGGUCGUGGCGCAACAGAUUCAUCGGGGGUUUCCCCCAGCUGCUGCAAAGGCGCUGCAGAGGCAGAGACUUUAGAGAGAUCUGCUGAGGGAUCUCUACCGCCGAGUGAAGAUGUUGUUGGUUGUUGCACUGCUGCUUCUGUUGUUCCCACAGCCUCCGCUGCUUCUGCGAGUGGUGCAGCAGGAGCUGCCUCCACCCCCGCAGCUGCAACAGCAGCUGCUGCCGCAUUAUCUAAGGGGACUGAAGGGCCGCCUACACCGCAGCGCGUGUGGCCUGUGGCACUCUGUUCUUUUUCCCCCAAAGGAUCUCGAUUCCAGACGCACGCGAUUGUGUGUUGUGUGCUGCGGGAGGAGGAGACAAUUAAAGCAGCAAGAUGCCGGCUGUGGUACAAGAAGAGACAGGCAGCAGCAGCACAGCGGGGAGCGCGAGGGGGAUGCGGGGGGGAGCUGCCUGCUGAGGCCCACACGGGAGAGGAGGAGGAAGAGCAGCAACAGCAGCCGCUUGUAGACCUCUACGGCGGUGACCCACCACCAGCAGCUGUGGCGUCGCAGCAGCAAAUACAGAAGGAGUGUAUUCUUCCGAGCAGCAGCAGCAGCAGCAACCGCAGCGCAAAGGCCGUCAGCUUCUCCCUACAGCAACUGCCCCUUGCAACCUUCGUAGGACUGGUCGCCGUGGGUACAACACACGGCAGAAUCCUUUGCACGCCUCCUCCCCGCUGCCUAAUUCGCCGCUGCUACUGCUGCGGGAGUUGUCUGGCUGGUAUACGAGGCGCAACAGCCGCAACAGCUGCAGGCACUGCAGCAGGUCAAAACGCUCUCCAGGGAGAAGGCGCUGCUGAGGAGGCGCUGCAGCAGGACACAAAACUCGAGACCGCCAAUGGCUUCAGCAGCAGCAGCAACAACAGCAGCAAGGACGCUAACAACGGCAUCGGCAGCAGUAGUAGCCGCAGAGGAAACGGCCCUAACAUCGGCAACGGCACUGGUAGCAGCAGCAACAGCAGCCCCAGAAGUAGCAGCAGUAGCAGCAGUAGUAGCAGCAGCGGGAUCUCCUGUCCUACAGUGACUGCAGCGCGAGCAGCGCGAGGUGUCUCCUUUAUGGAGGUGGGGAAUUUCGGGGCAGACAGUGGGGCAGUUGAUUAUGUUGAAUUAGUACGGGGGACCCCGUGGGCUCCCCGUUCCUCGCCGCAGCAGCAGCCGGAUCUCCGUGUACACACUGGUAACAGCGACAUUUCCUGGCACUGGACGAAGGCCCCUACCUCUGCAGCUCAGCAACGAACCCCAGAGGCGCUGGGGACACCAACAGGACCUCCGGGGUCCCCUGGGGGGGGCUUCAUGCCGAAAGGUGGUGAAGCCAGUGUAGGCGGGGAAGCCGCUUGCGGAGGCGUGGAGGCCGAAGCGCUUUGGUUGUUUGCAUCAAGCAAGGAAUCGGGCAUAAAGGUAUUUAGGUUUGUGUGGAACGUAGACCAGGCAGGUCUGGGGAGAGGAGAAAGGCCAAAUGACAGCAGGUGUCGCAGACGGAGAAGAGGUUCUUCAGCAGGAGGCAUGCAGGGGCUUUGGGGGGAAUGGAGCUGCGCGCUGACUAUUAGGGGACGGUGCCAGCUUGUGUCCCUGGAUCUGAACAACGGCAUUGUCGCCGUCUGCACCCCUAGGGACUCGCGGGUCUGCUUCGUCUGCUUCAGCCAUUUGCUGCCUGCCCACAUCUUCGUUUCCCCAACCGCGGAGAGCCCCGUGCUGGCUGCGGAAGACCUCUCCAAGUUUGGUCGCUACGGCUUACCGCGGCCGCAGCACGUGCCCGUGGGUGGCUUCCUGCCAGUGCAGCAACAGCAGUUUGCUGCGAUGUUGCUUUCUCCGCCUGAGUGCGCUCGUCUGGAGUUGCUGGUGGCGAGGAGGCCUUCUUUUUUGCAGCCUCUAGGGGGAAGACGAUGGGUUGUGGUGGACGGGUCUGUGAUUCGGGUGGUGCAGAUGAAGAUGAAGGACACAGAGUCGGCGCAGCGGAGAAUCCAAAGAACCGUUGCAGAGCCGGAACGCAUGCACGAGACGCUCAUGGGAUCUCCUCUGGACCAGCUUCGGCAGUUGCGACGCCCAAUGGUAGAGCAGUCUGUCUUGCCUUGGUGCCUACGACCCCCUUCGCCUCCAGAGCUGCAGUCGAUACGGCUAUGUGUCUUCUCGCACCCACGGUCAAUAUAUCAGUGCGCGUUCGACGGCGUGCGGAGGCUGGUUACUGUAGAUUUGCAAGAGAUCAUGAUGGUCUGGGACUUGCAGCGCUACACGAAGCUCUUCGGGGUGGACCUCAUGGCUAAGGGAGACAGACAAAGCGGGGACCUAUCCGACAGCCAGGAAGACGACGAGUACGGACUCAACGCUGAAACAAUUUGCCGCAACAAAAAUCAACUCGGGACGGACUCAGAGAACGAGACUGUGGGGCGCAGCACUGCCAGAAGGGGGGCAAACAACGCAGGCGGCCUCGUGGGCUGCUGCAGCUCCAAAGGGUCCCGCAAGGCCGGCAAAAUUAGUCUUAAAAAGCACUUCGGCAGUGGAUGGAUGCAACGGCAGCUCUUGGCCCACACGAAGCCCACAAAACCUACAGCGCAUGCAACGUCAAUUGCGAUCUCAAGGCAUGCUGAGACCCAUGGCAGCCGAGGCUGUGUGCAGCAGGGGAACGGAGCGCUGGUGGGCGGUGUGUGGUUAAAUGCGAGUUCUUUGGAGCCAGCAAUGCAGCUCCAGCUGCUCUAUGACGCUCAGAAAGAGGCACAUGUACACACCAAGGCAUCUAAGGCACACAGCGAACAACCGAAAACCCAUCAACACCAACAGCAGGACCAACGCCAGCACGAACAGCAAGACCAACAACAGGAUCAACAGCAGGACCAACAGCAGGACCAGGAGCAGGCAGAAGCUAGGGAAUGCCGUGGAGGUCUGCCUGGAGCAGCUGACGCGAAACACCUUUUGGAAAAAGUUGAUGAUAUGGGGUCCUUGUCCUGUGUGAGCAGUGAUUCCAUGGUCGUCGGGAACCUCCCUAGUGACCUGGCGAAGCAACAAACCCAGCCUCCGGUGGGGCCUCCUCGGGCGGCGACGGAGGUUCAAGUGGAUCCAGAGCUUGCGACAGCAGUGGCUGUGUGCUAUGCAGAUGAGUUUCCUCCUCUCGCCUCGCCCUUUUCCCUCGAAAAUGCUGCAAACCGUAUAAGGAAAGACCUACAAAUUCCCACUUCCAUGAGGCCUUCCCCGCUGCCUCCGAUGCGGCAAGCUGCGGAUCUUUCGGUGUGCAAUUCCUCUCCCGAGGCUGCUUGCCACGCCACAUCAUCUGAUGUGCAGCGCAAUGCGGACGCCGAUACGGCUGCUGCUGCUGCUGUUGCUGCUACUGCUGCUGGGGACCCUAGAGGCUUUUCAGCGGUUUCCAGACACACUAUUGCCACUCGAAGCAAGCAAAUGCAGCCGGGCGAAGGGCAACCGAAGCGGCUGUCCUCCGGGCCUGAGUUGUCACAGGUUACCACUACUAUUCAUGGCAGCAGACCGAGCUUUGCUGCAGUCGUUGCUUCGGGGGCCCCUUCGGCUGCAGCUUCUUGCCAGCGCACCGGCUGGGCCUCGGGCCCUACAGACAUUUCCUUCCUUGUUAGCUUAGUGGGGGAAGAGGGUGCGAGGGCGCUCCAUGAGACAGCCGCGGCUGUCGGCAUGACUGCUGAGGAGCUGUACAUUCAUCAGAUGGAACAAUGGGAGGAGCUGCAGCAGAGAAGCAAGGCGACAAUGCACGCGAGCGGCGGUUCUGGAGGGCAGAAUGGCGAAAUGGGGAUAGUGGGUUCAAGCUCUGAAGAUGCUGGGUCCGUCAAUUUGUCAUGUGGAACUCAGCUGCUUCAGCCAUCUGGGGACACAGCCCAAGGCAGACAGCAACCCGCUGUAGCAGCUGCUGCAGGAGCGUGCGCCGCUCUGUGUCCUGCUUCUGAUGCUGACUUUUCCAGGGCAUCUCAGAUGUCGAGGUCCUCGCCAGUGAAGACGGUGGCGAGCUCAGUCCAAGGCCUUCCGCUCGACCGGUUUGAGUCGUCGCCUUCUGGCUCUCUGCGCUUGCACCCACCUGGAUCAAUGCCUCACAGGGCGGGGUCCCAAGUAGAUAGUAGGAUGGUGGGUCUUCUUGGGAGGCAGAGAUAUAUAGCACAGUUGGGCCCGAAUGCCCAGCGGCGGCACGUAGCAGCCGUGUGCGUCAGCGAGACUUGUCUGGCGCUCUUGUUCAAGAACUUGAAGACUUGGCAGAUUUGGACCUUUACCCCCAUGGGGUCAACAGCUGCGCGGGCCACGGAGGCGAUGAUGGAGUGA